CCUACCUACAUACAUUUGGCAACAUGCAUGCCCACCUGUCUCCUUAUUUUCUUCUUCUUUGGGCAUCUGUACCUCGGCUCCUCCUACGCUAUAUAUUUAUAUAAUCCCCAUCACCAACACACACCUCAAUUCGCUUUCAUGCAGUAUUCACAAAAGCAUUUUUAUCAGCUUUAUUGUUCAACUUCAGCUCGGAAGGAGUUGCUGCAUUUGCAUGUCUACUUUAGUCUGCCAUAAUUCUGCACUUCCUAAUUUACCUUCUACUGUAAUUUUCGAGAAUGGCGGAUGAAGCAGCCUCGUCGACUAUGGGACACAGAACAGGUGAAGCAUCGUCUCAGUACGAGAAGGACAUGCUUUUCAUUCAUCCUUCUGAGCAUUCGCAGCUGGCGUUAACAUCUUCGCCGCUAGAUGGUACGAAUUUUUUGGUGUGGCAGCGAGCAGUAUAUGUAUCUCUUGGAACGAAAAUGAAGCUAGGCUUCAUAGACGGUUCGUUCUCAAAACCAGCUCCUGGUUCACUUAUUUUUGAGCAGUGGAGGCGUGUCGAUUUGAUGGUCACUUCAUGGCUUUGGAACUCCAUGUCGAAGGACAUAGUAGAGUCCUUCAUGUACUGCAGCACCUCGCGUGAACUUUGGCUAGCAGUGCAGGCGCGAUACGGACGAAGCAAUGGACCUUUAAUAUACCAGUUGCAGAGGGAGCUCUCUUCGGUCGCUCAGCAGGAUUUGAGCCUUACCGCCUACUUGACAAAGGUCACGAAACUCUGGAAUGAGCUUAAUUGCUUGGCUCCUCCACCGAGGUGUAAGUGUGGAGGAUGUACUUGUGGGAUUAAUGAGGAGAUUGAUCAACUUGCUUCACUGACGCAAUUAAUGCAGUUUCUCAUGGGGCUUCAUGAGGUUUUUAGCAACGAACGCAGUCAGAUUCUCAUGCUCGACCGUAGAGAAAGCUUUUUCAAUAGUUUAUGCUGUUGA